GCUCCGGGCGGGUCGGAUCGCAGGGAGCGGUGCUUCCGCCUUUAUGUAGCGGAGGCGGAGAGCCGGGGACACGGAGAGGAGGUAGCCUGCGUGUCCCCGGGGGGGGUGGGAAUGUCGGAGGCCGAGUGCAAGCAGUGGAUCCUGGAGACCAUUGACUCUCUGCGGAGCCGCAAGGCACGGCCGGACCUGGAGCGGAUCUGUAAGAUGGUGCAGCGGAGACACGGGCUGGCUCCGAGCCGCACCCGGCGCCAGCUGGACCGGCUGCUCCGCUCCCGCACCGUGCUCAGGGUCAGCUACAAGGGCUCACACUCUUACCGGAUCGCCGCCCAAUGGCAACCCGGCACCGGGCACAGACAGGGGCGUGAUCAGCCCCAGGAGCAGCCCCGUACCGUGCUGACCCGAGCCCGGCUCCAACAACAACAACGACAACAGCAGCAGCAGCUCCGCCGGCCCGGGGGCAGGAGGACGAUGCCCCCGGAGGCAGGCACCAGCUCCGAGCGCAAGAAGACCAGGAAAUCGAAAGAAGCUGAUUCGACAGAUGGUGAAGAGAGUGAUGAAGAUGCUUCCAUCGAGGACCAGGACCUUGGGGGCCAAGCCUUUGAUGAGGAACCCAACACGGUGCAGUUCAUCACUGACUCUGUGAGUGAUGACCAUGAUUCUGAAGAGAAUCCUGUCAGGUCAUCUAAAGGUUGUCCCACUGACGAGCUCGCCGAGGAACUGUCUGCUGGCAAACUGGCUGAAACCUCUUCUGAUGUGGAGCAGAGCUCUUUACGUUAUCCCACCGUCGAGUGCAAGGAUGUUGUUGAUGCUGAGAUGAAGCUCAAUGUUGAUGAUCUCAAGACUAUUCAGGAGCAACUCUCUUCAAAUAACGCGAGGGAUGUUGGCUGCUCUGAAGAGCCUGCCCCAUUGCAGGAAGACUGCAGUGAAGAAUACUCCCAGGAAAUUUGCACUAGUCAAGGGGAGAGCGAACCUGAGCCAGUCACAAAUGAACAGCAAGGACCUGAGCUCUCUGAUUCCACUGAGGGAUCAAAGCAGAUGGAGGAUAUACAAAAUGAUGAAUGUGAUCAACUGACCUGCCCGCAGGGAGUAGCCAAAAUGGCCGAAGAUCCUCCGCUGUCCAAAGACUGCAGUUCCAUCGAUGCAGACAAUUGCUUGGACACUAUGCUGCUAGACCAGACUCCUGCAGUCAAUCCAAACUCGAAACUUGAAGCAGUGGAGAAAGCGGCAGAUUUAAGCACCGACCCCAGAGACUCAGUUCCGGAGGUUGGCGGAGCCUCGUGUCUUCUAACACCAUCAGCAUCGCCAAUAGACAUGGUCCCUGAAGAACACAGCUCCACAGACAGACAGCUCAGCAUGGAAAAGAAUGGGAAGCCUGUCGACCCGACUGAAUGGAGCAUUGCUGAUGUGGUGAAUUAUUUUAAAGAGGCAGGAUUCCCAGAGCAGGCUGCUGCUUUCGAGGAUCAGGAGAUUGAUGGCAAGUCCCUGCUCCUGAUGAAGAGGAAUGAUGUUUUGACGGGACUGGCGAUUAAACUAGGCCCUGCCCUGAAGAUAUAUGAAUAUCACAUCAAGGUGCUGCAGUUACAUCAUUUUAACAAUGAGGCUCCUUCGUCCUGAUGGGUGCCUGUCAUUGGUAGCAGAUUAUGUGCCCUGAACACCCAGCUUCUAUCUGCACACAUUCCACUGCAGCCUCACUUUUAACAUUUUCCCAAAUUGAAUUCAUUUGAUUUUGUCUUUUUUUUUAAAUGAAAGGAGGACCGCCAGCAGGAAUGAGAUGUUUGUUUUAGAAAUAAAAGUGCUGGUUUUGUAUAAAUUCGGGCUGGGAAGUGUUUGAAGCCUUUCUGUCACUGUCUGAUGCACGCCGCACUGGAAUCUCCCUUUUCCCAUGGUGUAGCUGAGCUCUGAGUGUCGGGCUUAUUCCAGGAUCUUGCCACUUUGCCUGACAGGAAGCUCCCUGGCUGUGACCCGAUGGGACUGAAGUUUUGCUCAAACAAAGGAAGGGGGCUCUCAGCAAAACCUGCCCUUAAUCCUGUUUGACAGCGCACAAGAAGCACUGUGGUGCACACUGAGAGGAAACAUUGAGCUUUCUUGUAUGCAUCCAGAGGAUUGGAAACUGAGAAGCAAAGAUUAAAAGAAAGCUCAAAAGAAGCAGGAAGAGAUUAAGCAAUAAGUACUGAAACAAAAAUGAGCAACUCUCUGCGAUCAGGUGGUAGCUGACAGUUCAUUCGUAGCUUCCCAAGGUGACCAGGUCAUCUUUCUGUUGGGCCCAUAGUUUAUGGUACAGUUAGAUUGUUAUAAAUGCUGUCCCCAUGCUCUAUUGUUUUACAAUUACACCCUCUUGAGUUAAUUACUUGGGUAUUUUGCUUUAAGCUGUGCAGUUGUUAAUGGUGCUAGGAUUGUGUCUUGUAUAUUUUUAAAGGUUUUAUUAGACAUUAUUUGUAUGUUUCGAGCUGCAACGAAAGCCUUAACUUGAAAUCCUGUGAGCAGGAGUUCUGACUGCUUGCUCACACUUGCGGGACUUUGUAUGUUGGCAAAUGAACCUGCAGAACAAAAAAAGGACUAUUGAAUCCAGGACUUUGCACUUCGGGUCAGAUCUUACCUUCCAAAAUGCUUUUGUCCACGCUUUCAGGGAAUUCUGGCUGUGUAAACUUGGCAUUUUGUUAACCUGUGUGCAAUUGUGUUACAGCAUCACCACUGGCAGGGGGAUGUAAUUACAAUGUGAUGUGUUUACAUUGUCAGUUUCCUUUGUAAAUGUGGGCAUAACAAUUUAUAAAUCUGCAAAAUACAGGAACGGGCCCUUCGGCCAUCAGGCCUGUGCAAAUUGCUAAUUCUUAUUUAGACCCACUACUUAUUGCCCAUGCACAGUAUCUAUCCCUCUGUUUCACCUCACGUUCAGUAAGGGAGAUGUAUUCCUCUGUAAUAGGGACUGUCAACCCCCCAGACUCUAACCCUGCUGAAUUUGAAACUAAAGUUGUCCUGACCCUCAUCACAGAGCAUCAUGGGAUGUUGGUUAGCACUAAUAGCUCUUGUGUUAAUUGGUGGAUGAGCUUGAAUGCAGUUUUGCUCAAUGAAGGUAACAGAUUUAGCCAAUUCAUUGUUUUUAGGGAUUAAUUUCUGGUAGAAAUUUUUUGGGGUACGGGGAAUUUUAAAAUUUUAGACUAUGCAUUUUAGCAAAAUUUGACUUCAAAAUUGGCUUUGUUACCAUGCAGGAUAUCUGCCCUGUGUUGAGAUGUUCAGUUAAAAGUGCAACACUUUUUUUUUUUAAGACUUUUCUGUUUAGUAAACCUUGGAGUUAAACAUGUUAUCCUGUGACCUUGCAUUGACUUCCCCAUCAGUUUUUCCACACAUUUCAGCUUACAGUUUAGUUUCUGCUUGCAGCAGGAGGCCUUUGACAGGUUGUUACCUGCGUCGGUAGUUCAUUUGCGGGUCCGAGGACUGGAAAAUAACGAAACCAGAAGGUGCCUUUGCUGGUUAGCACUUGUAAAAGCUGAAGAUUACAGGGUAUUUUGUUAUAUUUGAUUUGACUGGAUACCAUUCAUCGACUGUCUUGUGUGAGAAUUGUUUCUUUAAAGCUACAAAAAUGAGGAACCAAUUUGUGGUGUGUUAGGGCCACAGAUUACCUGGCAGUGCAGUUGCAAAAUUCAUGGAGUUGGGUUGAGGCAGGGAAGGUUGUGACUUAGGAGUAAUCCAACUGGGUUCAGGCACGCACCAUUCACCGUCCCUGAGGCAGCAAACACUUUAUGCUUGUACAGCACAUGAAGAUCUAACACAACUUGUGGCUAAUCUAGGAGACCAUUUGUUGAUGCCUUCAUGGUACAGCUAACACCUCAUUAACCAAAUUGGCUUUGGAACAGGAGAAGGCUGUUCAACCAGAUGACAGCGGAUCAAUAUCCUGACCCCCAUCUACCUGCCUUGGUUCCACAUCACUUAAUAGUUUUAGCCAUCAAAUCUUUCAGGCCUCAAUGAGGCUCAACAGCUUUUUGAGGAGAGAGUUCCGGAUUUACACCACCCUUUGUCUGAAGAAAUGCUUCUCAACAUCAUCUCUCUAAUGUCAGCAGAAGUCCCUUGUUCUGGACAUUCCCCAGCAGAGAACGUAAGUUCCCAUUUUAUCAAUGAGGGCAGUCUGACCUAAAGUUAGAACCCAGGCCGAUGGUGGGGUUUUAAAAAUAAGAGGCCAAGUUGAAAAACUGCACACAUGUUUUAGGAAUUGCUGAAAGUGAUUAAAAAUGUAAAGCCUCUCCACCAGUUUGGUGCAUUUAUUCCUGUGCGUUACGUCCUUGUUUAGCUGGAGAAUGAUGAGCUUUACUUUUGCACUCCCAUUGUGUGCUGUGCUGUUUUCAGAAAAGUCUCUCUCAGCUGCCGUACUUGAAUUCCUAUGGUAGCACGGCUCUAUCCCAGGUGCUCGGGCAAGUAUGCUUUAUUGUGCUGAACUUCACUGCUCAGGAGGGCUGCAGGCAGGCAGUAAGGUACGCAUCUGCACCAGUGGACUUGCAUGUAGUGGGAAAUGUCCCUGGGACCUUUGUGUGCACCCCUCCAUGGCUACUGUUCCCUAUAUGUUUGGAAUGGCAUUCCAGGCUGGUGCUGAGACCCUGAGCCCUGCAAACAGCAGCUGUCAAUGCGCUUUACAGAAUAUUUUAUGUUUUUAAAUUGAGUAAUUUUACAAUAAAGGAGUAACUAAAAGCCAUGUGUUUUGAAUCAAAUGCACAAAAUGGAUGAUGUGGGAUUUUAGAGCUUGUUCUUGCUAAAUGAGAUGCCAUCCAGCAAUAAAUAACAAUGUUGAAAUGAAAAUUGUU